AUGUCUAAUCAAUAUUAUAAAGAAAAUCAACAAAUAUCAAGUGAAUAUAUUACAGAACAAUAUAAAAAUCAAGAAUCAAAUGUAAAAAAUACAAAAUAUAACUCAGAAGCGAAGCAGCCAUUUAAACAAGACCCAUUAUCUAUGUAUCAGCAAGAAAAGAAAAUGCAAAAAGAAGAUAUCCAAAUUCAAACAUUUUGGUCUCAAACGGAUAAUGAAUUCAUACAAAAUCAACAAAAGACAGAAACACAUCCAGAAAUAGAGCUGAACACCAAGGAAUUAAAUAUAGAACUGAAAUGCGAUGAAGAAAUAGCACCUACACCAAUUAAUGUAUCCGGAGUAACAAAACAUAAAGCACGAAGACAAAAAUAUUCUAAAAACAAAUUAUCUCAGGGAUUAAAAAAUACACCUCGAAAUCGAAAACAUGAUACUGAAGAUGAAGACGAAGAUUAUAAUAUGGAGGGAACUAAAACAAAAUCAGGGAGAAAAAUACACCGUCCUACUCAAUUUAAUCCAGCAACAAAAACCCCUAGUAAAAGACGUGGGCCUGGUAGAAGAUCAGCUCAAGAUUCACACUUCUGUAUUAUAUGUCAACGUGGUCAUAGUCCAUGUUCUAAUAGAAUUGUGUUUUGUGAUGGAUGUAAUUUCCCAUACCAUCAAUUAUGUCAUGUGCCAAUUAUAGACGACCUCGUUAUUAGUCUAUCUGAUUCAGAAUGGCUAUGUUAUAGCUGCAACAAAAAACGCACCAAAAGAACAUUAUUAACUGGUGCAACUGGUGCUAAUCUAACAGAAGAAGAGAAAAAAACGUACCUUGCAUCUCUUCCUUUAUCUCAUCUGGUCGAACUUCUAUUUUUUUGUGAAAAAAUGUGCCCAAAUAUACCAUUUUAUGCACCUAAUACUCACGAAAUUUUAAUGGAGAUUCGACGUGCUAAAGAAGAAGCAAUUAUGAAUGAGAAUUCGAUUACAGAACAACUAAAUGGGGAGAAUUUUGAUCCAGAAUCAGUAUUAGACGAGGAUUCAGAAUUAAGCGAUGCAGUCGAUUCAAAUGCUGAUGCAGAUAAUCUUAAAGAUCUUCCAAGUUAUGAAAAUAUGAUCGUAGAAGCAUUAACAGCAAUUCACGACUCUAGAGGUGUUCCUCCUAGAAUUAUAUAUGAAUGGAUGGAAAGCAAUUAUCCAACCCUAAAUCCAAGAUUUAGAGCAUCUGCUUCUCAAGCUUUACAAAAAGCAGUAAAGAAAGGGAAACUUCAAAAAGAUGGAUCAAAUUACUUCUUAAAUACAGAUUAUAAUGGAAAAUUUACAUACAACUCAAAAUUGUCUCAACAGCUACAUGAGUCUAUAGGUAGAAAUUCACCAAUUAAUACAGCAUCAUCUAUUUCAUUUUCAGAAAAUCAAUUACAACUGGGAACACUUCCGCACCACCAAGGAUUAAAACUCCCAGCUGAACUACAAAACCCUCAAAAUUUCACCAUAGAUGAUAAUAACGAAGUUUUUAGUCAUACUGUUAAUCAAUCGCCUCAACAAUCAGAUGAUAAUUCUCAAAAACAAGACAUGUCUAGUAUAUUAAAAGAAAGUUCUAAUUUAGAAAAUAAAUUAGAAGAGGAUACUGUGAAUACGCCUCAGGAAAAUGCAACUAAUCAAGCUUCACAGACUGAAAAAGAUAUAGAAGUUGACAACUAA